CUACAAAGAUCAAAGAAUUAAACAUGGACAAAUCCGAUCUGGCCAGUUUGCAACUGCAAAACAUGAAUGAUGAGAAUACAACAUACGACUAUGCCUAUGCCUAUGAAGACCAGUUGUGUCGUAAAGAGGUGGGGGUGAAAGACGCAUCUAUUCCACUCCUUUUCAUAUCAGUGGUUGUGUUGAGCUGCAUCUGUGACAUCCUCUUUCUGGUUUUCUUUGCAUUCUACAAGAACCUCAGAUCCCUGACCAGUGUUUUUUUCCUCAAUUUAGCUUUAUCAAAUCUGCUGUUCACUUUUGGACUCCUGUUUCAAGUCUCAUACUACUGGGCUUGGACAUUUGGAGAUGUUGGCUGUAAAGCUGUGAAGUUCUUCUUCUAUGUGGGCUUUAACAGCAGCGUGUUGUUCUUGACUCUAAUGACUGUUCAGCGUUACAUGGCAGUGGUUCAUCCUCCGUCUGACUGGAAGAGAUGCAGAGGCCUUUCUCUGUCUCCUGUUAUCGUUUGGAUCCUGAGUGGAACGGUUGCACUGCUCGGUUCACUUCAUAGUGAAGUCAUGAUAGAAUCUGACAGUAAAUACUGUGAAUAUGGCAGCAUUGACUGGAAAUCUGGCAUUGCUUAUUUUCAAAAUGCUUUUUUCUUCAUUGCUUUUAUAAUCAUGUUUUUUUGCUAUGGCAGAAUGCUUCGGACAAUCAUAAAAUCACGGACUAAUAAGAGACACAAGACUGUUAGACUAACAUUUUUUAUUGUGGUGGUGUUUUUUAUUGGUUGGGCUCCAUAUAACAUUGUCAUGUUCUUAAAAUCUUUGACCUUCCAUCCAUUCACAGUCUGUGAAGUAAGCAUAAAACUCGACCAUGCUGAAUUUUAUGCAUGCCGAAUUUUAGCUGUUACACAGUGUUAUGUACACACUGUUGUGUUUUUAGUUUUUGUAGAUGGAAGGUUCCGUAAUAGUUUAUGAGCAAUUCCAAGGAGGUUUUGUGUAAAGAUUUAAAAGGAUAGUUCACCCAAAAAUGAAAAUUCUUUCAUUAAUAACCCAGUGUUAAGACCUCAGAUUGACAUCAUCAUUGAUGUCAAAUAACAGGUCCAAUAUGCAAAUAAAACUGACACCAAAAACUUGACAUGAGGUUGAUUAGAACAUCAAACAUAUUGCCUAAAUAUACUUUAAACCAG